AUGAAGUUGGUGCAACUUCUGGCACUGAUUGCCUCCACUCUUGCCAUCCCAACUGCCGCAACCGUACGCCGCUUCGACAGGGAGAAGGUGCUGAGGGUGAGACCCCAGGAUGAGAAACAAGUGAGCAUCCUAAAGGACUUGGCUGACACCAAUCUGCUCGACUUCUGGCAUCCUAGUUCUGUUCAUGAUGUCAUCCCUAACAUGGACGUGGACUUCCAUAUUGGCGAAGAUCAGUUCCAACACAUCCAAUCUGUUCUGGAGAAAAAUGAAAUGCAACAUGAAGUCCUGAUUCAUGAUCUGCAAGAAGAGAUUGAAAAACAGUUUGAUGUGAAAGCUGAUUUUCCUGGCAGACACAGCUAUUCAAAAUACAAUGACUGGAGCAAGAUUGCUGCUUGGACUCAGCUAAUGACAGAAAAGUGGCCAGAGCUUAUCUCUCGUGUUGAAAUUGGAAAAACAGGAGAAAAUAACCCAAUGUAUGUUCUCAAGGUUGGGAAAAAGAGUGGACAGACAAGAGUCAUUUUCAUGGACUGUGGAAUUCACGCACGAGAGUGGAUUUCUCCUGCCUUCUGCCAGUGGUUUGUCUAUCAGGCAGCCAAAACCUAUGGGAAAAACAAAAUUAUGACAAAGCUCCUGAACAGGCUGAAUUUUUAUGUCCUUCCUGUGUUCAAUGUUGAUGGUUACAUCUGGAGUUGGACGGAGGACCGUAUGUGGAGGAAAAAUAGAGCAAAGACUUCCAAUCCCAUCUGCAUAGGCAUCGACCUCAACAGGAAUUUUAAUGCCUCAUGGAACUCUAUACUUGGAACAAACAACCCUUGCAGUCAAGUCUACAGGGGAACAGCAGCAGAGUCUGAGAAAGAGACUAAAGCUGUGGUUGACUUCAUUCAAAGACACAUUUAUUCAAUUGAAGCCUAUGUGUCUGUCCAUUCCUACUCCCAGUUGCUCAUGUUUCCCUAUGGCUACACUAGAGUCCCAGCAGCGAAUGAUGAGGAACUGCAUAAAAUUUCCAGAAUUGCCACAGAAGCUUUAGCAACUCGAUAUGAAACACAAUAUGCCUAUGGACCCAUUGCAACAACAAUUUAUCCAACCUCAGGCUCAUCUGCAGACUGGGCUUAUGACAUUGGCAUCAAGCGUUCAUUUGCUUUCGAGCUCCGAGAUAGAGGCAAAUAUGGUUUUCUCCUCCCAGAAUCCCAGAUAAAGGCAACCUGUAAAGAGACCAUGUUGGCUAUCAAAUCUAUUGCCAAAUAUAUCCUCAAGAAUCCUUUAUAA